AUGUCUGUGCGUUCAGUGGAUUUACGAGAACCCAGGAAGCACACAUUCUGCCUAUUUCUCUUCAAUAUUAUCACCGCUGCACAAGCUGUCUUCGUGCAAUCAUCAGGAAUUUUUAGCGAACAGGAAUGCUUAUUCGACUCUACAUUGCACUCCAAAUGGAAAGCAUGCAGUUGCGAAAACAUUGAUGGUGAGGGUAACAUCCACGUGAGAUGUCGCCGUCAACCAUGGACAACCAUACCAACCAUUCCACAUGAUAACAGAUCAAUUUUCUCUCACAAUGAUACAGUUUACAACAUUGUUGCAUUAACGGUUAUGCACAGUAGUGUGGCGUUUAUCAAUCAGGAUGCAUUCAAGCACCACAAUAUCCAAAUUCUCGAUCUCACCAAUAAUCACAUCGAAACAAUCAACGUUAACGCGUUUCGUGGUCUCGAGAACAAACUUUAUCAACUAACAUUAAAUCAGAAUAGUCUCACGUUAAUACCAUCCUGGGCCAUGACGUACUUGUAUCAGCUGCGGUACUUGCACUUGGCUCACAAUAUGAUACCCGUGAUUAAAUCGAAUACAUUUGAUGAAACUCAACUCAAAAAUCUUCAUUACUUGCAUCUCGAUUAUAAUCAGAUAAGUAUGUUACCAAAAAAAUCACUUUUGCGACUUCCACUGCAAGUGUUAACACUUUCAAACAAUCGGAUCAUUGAAAUUGAAAAACUAGCACUACCAACGACAGUUUGGUUCUUGGAUUUGAAAAAUAAUCUCAUCCCCGAGAUACCGUACCUCGCGUUACGAGAGUUGAAACAAUUACGCACUUUAGACCUGGAGAGUAACAAUAUCACUGAAAUUACUAACAAUCCUGAAGUAAAAUUUACUUCGGAAAUCGAUUUGAAACUAAGUAAUAAUCGAAUCAGACAUAUUAAAGAUAACGCUUUCGAUAGCUUCCAGAAGUUUGGUCGACUAGAUUUAAGCUAUAAUCAGAUUUCAACAAUCUCCGGAGCUGCCUUCAAUUCAAUCAGUCAAAUGCGACAAAUAGACUUAAGCUACAAUAGAUUAGUACAUAUACCAGCAGGUACAUUCAAAAACAUGGCCAAAUCGUUGAAAUGGAUGAAUUUGGAAGAGAAUCAAUUACAUCAGCUACCAAAUGCAUUGCAGCCGUUACGGACAUUGGAAAUUUUAAAUAUGAAUGGCAAUAAGCUAAUUGUACUGAAUAAUAAUACGAUCAACAGCCUGAAACCAGUUUUAACAGAGCUUCUCCUAGCAUUUAAUCGGUUGACUGAGAUACCAACCCAAGCAUUGAAUGGAAUGAGUCGAUUACGGCAUCUCGAUCUGUCGAAAAAUAGGAUUCGGUACGUGCAACGCUUGGCUUUCGGGAAAUUUGAUGGUACCGGGACAAGUUUACUAAAGUUGAAUCUGGCUGGAAAUUUAAUCGAAAAUAUUACUGAUCCUGGUGCUUUUCUCUACAUGAGUUCACUAGCAUAUCUCGAUUUAUCACACAACCGCAUCAGCUACCUUAAUGAUAACGCCUUUGAACGACUCGAAGGUCUCGAAUCCCUCCUUCUACAGAGCAACCGACUCAGUCAUUUUCCUAUUACUGCCCUUGGUAAUAUGAAACGGCUCCACUAUCUUCUUUUGGAUGAUAAUCCGAUAAGAGUUCUACCUGAUUAUGGCCUCAACGGUCUCUCACAUAUACAACGGCUGUCCUUCACCCGUACAAAACUUCAGCAUAUCACAGAUCGCACAUUCGCCGGUCAUUCUGUACCACAUUUACGUUCCCUGAAUUUGGCUUUCGGCCAUAUUGACUAUAUUUCCACUGCAGCAUUCAACGGGAUGGACAGUUUGGAGCAGCUAGCACUUAACAACAAUAAGCUAACAAGUAUUCAAACACUAACAUUUUCGUCGCUCCGUAAUCUACGCCAGCUCAGUUUGGCAGGAAAUACAAUCAACAUGACAACAGAACGCUCGAUGAAUGAUAUACCAACGUUAGAGAUUUUAUCGUUGGCUCGGAACCGUCUGCAACAACUAAGCAAAGCAACAUUUGUAAAUUUAAAUAAUCUGGAGCAACUCGAUUUAAGCUAUAAUCAACUUCGAACAUUUGACUUUACAUUCUUGGCCCAAAGUCUGGUGAAUGUCAAACACCUUGACCUAUCACAUAAUCGUAUCAUUACGAUUAACUUACAUCCAGCAAAACGAACUUUGAUGCACCUGAAUCUAGCGCAUAAUCAAUUACAAUCGAUCGGAAAAAAUAUGCUAUAUGAUUUUGGUCAGCUAAAAGUUCUCAAAAUAAAUCAUAAUGAGUUGAUUGAAAUACAAAGCAAUGCAUUCGCAAUGUGUACAUGGCUCACCGAACUCGAUUUAUCAUAUAAUCAUCUCAGAAUACUACACAAAGGUCUCUUUACAAAGCAGAAUAUUUAUGACAGUCUUGUAUUGCGAAAUAAUGCCAUCAUCAGCUUGGAUAUGGAUACAUUUGGAGCCAAUAAUGUCCGCAAGCUUGACCUCGCUUAUAAUGAACUUAAGAAAAUACCCCAACACGCACUCAGUUCCAUCCAAAACAGCCUCACUAACCUCAAUCUAAGAGGAAAUCGAAUCCGAUCGAUAACCAUAGACGAUUUCGAUGGUAUGGAGAAUCUAGAGGAAUUAAUUUUGGCUGACAACCAUAUCGAAAUAAUUGAGGAAGCAGCAUUUUCAAAGAUACAAAAGCUGAUAAAACUGGAUGUUAGUCAUAAUCCCAUUACGUCAUGGAAUCCACAUGCACUUCGAGACUUGAGUAACACUAUCGAAACACUUGAUCUAGCAAAUACAGGUUUAUUUUCAUUACCAAAAAUUGAUAACCACGGACUUCGAGUUCUGAACAUCAGCAACAAUAAAAUUCACGAAGUGAACGUGGCACAACUGAUUAACAACAGAAAAUUGACAACAUUCGAUAUCUCUUAUAAUAAUUUUAAAGAACUUGAUCCGAACAUGUUUGCGGAACUUGUUGAAUUGAAACAUCUGAAUAUUACUGGGAAUCCAGUCAUCAGAGUCACGGAUGAACACCUUCGAAAUCUAUAUAAUCUUGAAACGCUCAGAUUAUGCGAUAUGGAAAAGCUACUUCGUCUACCGGAACCAUAUUCGUUUCGCAAUUUACGUCAUCUUCGCAGUCUUUAUAUUUACAACUUUCCUGGUGUACAGGCUUACAACAUAUCAGAUAUUCUCAAGUAUCUACCUCCAUUACGCACUCUGGCAAUAGAAAUCAGGGAAACACACUUGACAACGCAACUGAACAGUGCUGAUCUUAGAUUAUUAAGAAAAAUUGUAAUCACCGGGAAACAGUUAUUUAAAAUCGAUACGGGUGCAUUUGCGCAGUUACGUGGUUAUAAAGUAGACUUAACGGUACGUAAUACCGAAAUCGAAGUAUUUCCAUCAUCAGUAUUCAACACCCUAACUGCCAUUAGUUUUCUGUCUCUUUCACUACAGAACAAUCAUUUACAAACCUUCGGACCAUUUCCACAUACCAAACCACCAGUGCUCAAUCAACACGGCACUAUAUUGUAUAAUCUACAACUAACGGGUAACCCAAUUACAUGCGACUGUAGGCUAAAUUGGAUCGGUGAGUGGAUUGAAUAUUAUCAAAGUGUUAACGCAGCCUACGAACAACCUCUCGAUGACACCUACUGCGCUGACCAGGCUGGUGGUGGUACAACGCUUCAUAAUGCCUACACGUCAACAAAUCAUAUAGUGUGCACAGCGAACAAUGUCAUCAGCAGUUGUAAUUCAAUUCGUACUUUCUCUAAUCUUUUACUUCCACUUUUGUUGACAAUUUUGGAUUAUAUUAUUUAUCGAAAAUUUUAA